AUGUCCAACAACAGCAUCAAGGUCGUCGCCCGGUUCCGGCCUCAGAACCGGGUCGAGAUCGAGUCGGGCGGCAAGCCAAUUGUCCGCUUCGACUCGGAAGACACUUGUACUCUUGACUCCAAAGAGGCGCAAGGCACCUUCACGUUUGACCGAAUCUUUGACAUGUCAUGUAAACAACAAGACAUCUUCGACUACUCCAUCCGCCCGACCGUCGACGAUAUUCUCAACGGCUACAACGGCACCGUCUUUGCCUAUGGCCAGACCGGUGCCGGUAAAUCAUACACCAUGAUGGGAAGCAACAUUGACGAUCCCGAGCAGAGGGGUGUUAUUCCGCGCAUUGUCGAGCAGAUCUUUGCUAGCAUCAUGUCCAGCCCCAGCACCAUCGAGUACACCGUCCGCGUCAGCUACAUGGAGAUUUACAUGGAGAAGAUUCGUGAUCUGUUGGCUCCGCAGAACGACAACCUCCCCAUCCACGAGGAGAAGAAUCGCGGAAUCUACGUCAAGGGUCUCUUGGAAAUCUACGUCUCCAGCGUCCAGGAGGUGUACGAAGUCAUGCGGAGGGGAGGAAGUGCUCGAAUGGUCUCUGCCACCAACAUGAACGCAGAGUCGUCGCGAUCCCACUCCAUCUUCGUCGUCACCAUCACCCAGAAGAACAUCGAGUCCGGUUCGGCCAAGAGCGGUCAGCUGUUCUUGGUCGAUUUGGCCGGUAGUGAAAAGGUUGGCAAGACUGGCGCCAGCGGCCAGACGCUCGAGGAGGCCAAGAAGAUCAACAAGAGUUUGAGCGCCUUGGGCAUGGUCAUCAACGCCCUGACAGAUGGCAAAUCUCACUACGUCCCUUACCGAGACUCCAAGUUAACCCGUAUCCUGCAAGAGUCCCUGGGUGGUAACAGUCGGACCACUCUCAUCAUCAACUGCUCGCCGAGUAGCUACAACGAUGCUGAAACCCUGGGCACGCUGAGAUUCGGUACCAGAGCAAAGUCCAUCAAGAACAAGGCGAAGGUCAACGCCGAGCUCAGCCCUGCAGAGCUCAAGGCUUUGCUCAAGAAGGUCCAGGGCCAGGUCACCAACUUCGAAAGUUACAUCUCGAACCUCGAGGGCGAGGUGCAGCUGUGGCGUUCUGGAGAGUCUGUCCCCAAGGAGAAGUGGGUUCAGCCCGUCACGGAUGGAGUUGCCGCAGCCAAGGCCGAAGCAAGAGCACCACGGCCAUCAACUCCCUCACGGCUUACAGAGUCCCGCUCAGAGACUCCCAUUGCUUCUGACCGCGCCGGAACUCCCAGCAUCACGCUGGAGAAGGACGAGCGGGAAGAAUUCCUCCGCCGCGAAAAUGAGCUACAGGAUCAAAUUGCCGAGAAAGAGUCUCAGGCUUCCGCAGCCGAGAAGCUGUUGCGCGAGACCAAGGAGGAGCUUGCCUACUUGAAGGAACACGACAGCAAGAUGGGCAAGGAAAACGAGAGGCUCAUCACUGAGGUGAAUGAGUUCAAGAUGCAGCUGGAGAGGCUUAACUUUGAGGGCAAGGAGGCGCAAAUCACCAUGGAUGCCCUCAAGGAGGCCAACGCAGAACUCACUGCCGAACUGGACGACAUGAAGCAGCAGCUGCUUGACGCCAAGAUGAGCGCCAAGGAGACGGGCGCAGCUCUCGACGAGAAGGAGAGGAAGAAGGCAGAGAAGAUGGCCAAGAUGAUGGCCGGCUUCGAGCUCGGAACCGACGUGUUCAGCGACAACGAGAGGUCCAUUGCCGAGACCAUCAAGCACAUUGAUGCCCUGCUCGAGCAGAGCACUAUUGGCGACCACAUUGCGCCAGACGAGUUCAAGGCUCUCCGAGCGAAGAUGGUCGAGACCCAGGGCAUCGUGAGGCAGGCAGAGCUGUCCAUGUACAGCGGGCCAUCCAAUGACUUGGAUGCUCGACGGAGACAGGAGCUCGAGGCCAGGCUCGAGUCGUUGCAGCAAGAGUAUGAAGAGGUGCUGACCCGCAACCUGAGCGAGGCCGAUGUCGAGGAGGUCAAGGCACGUCUCGAGGCCGUCUAUGCCAAGCGCGAGAAGUCCGAGGUGCAGCUCGUCGAGGAGCUCAAGGCCGAUCUGGCCCAAAAGGCCUCGGAGAACGCGAGGAUGAAGACCCUGAUUGAGGAGCUUCAGCAGCGCGUCAAGGCCGGCGGCGCCGGUGCCAUGGCCAACGGCAAGACCGUCCAGCAGCAGAUUGCCGAGUUCGACGUCAUGAAGAAGAGCCUCAUGCGAGACCUGCAGAACCGCUGCGAGCGCGUCGUCGAGCUGGAGAUUUCGCUCGACGAGACCCGCGAGCAGUAUAACAACGUGCUGCGGUCGUCCAACAACCGCGCUCAGCAGAAGAAGAUGGCCUUCCUUGAGCGCAACCUGGAGCAGCUCACUCAGGUCCAGCGCCAGCUGGUGGAGCAGAACUCCUCUCUGAAGAAGGAGGUUGCCAUUGCAGAGCGCAAGCUGAUUGCGAGAAAUGAGCGCAUCCAGAGCCUCGAGAGUCUGCUGCAAGACAGCCAGGAGAAGAUGGCUACUGCCAACCACAAGUAUGUAUCCCCCCUGUUCGAGGUCCAGCUUGCUUCCGUCAAGGAGCGCCUUGAGGCUGCCAAAGCUGGCAGCACCCGCGGCCUGGGCGGUGCCGGCGGCGGCUUCAGCUUUACCAGCGCUGGCAGCCGAAUCGCCAAGCCUCUCCGUGGCGGCGGCGGUGACACCCCUGCGACUCCCACGAUCCAAGGCGGUGACGGGACUCCCACCAGCAGCAAGCGCGGUAGUUGGUUCUUCAAUAAGUCGUAG